UCCGCCUACAGGAAGUCGUCACAACAUCGCUCCUCUGCUAACCACUUCACAAUAUUUCUAUGAGCGUCGCACUGAGAAGUAGCUCGUAUAAUGAGCUCACCAGACGCACAGUUCCAUCAGGUGUUUGCUAAUUGCUGCUGGCUAGUCUGAAGGAGCUGAGUAGGGGAGUAGAAGAGGAAGCACUGCUCUGUGAGGUGGAAGCUUGGAAACUGCAGCUUCCAAGAGGAGCUUUGUCCUCCAAGGCGGAGCUAGGUCAACCCAGGCGUUUUGCACGGCUGAAUGGUUGCUAUGGUAGAUUAACAUGCAUUAAGGAAUCAAGGCAACACUCCAGGUACGUUUAUGAUGAGGGAAUAAUAUUAUAACAUGAAAAAAAAGUCAAUCUCACAUAGUACUGCUCCUUUAAUUAAAUCCAAUCACAGCAGAUCAAUACUGUGAUUGGCCUUCUGGCAAACAUCCAAAAAAUGAACUAAAUCUAUUAAGAUUCAGAAGAAAAUCCCUGAAAAACUGUUUUAUUUCACCCUUCAUACUAAAGGGCACGGUCCACAUUUAAAUUCAACAUCCCUAAAAACACCAGCAGCAAUCCAAUGAAACUGAUAAACACUGCUAGCAAUAAUUAGUUAAUGGCAGGAUUUUCCGUGGCAGAAACCCAUCAUCAUUUGUAAGCUUAGGUUCUUGAGGACGCCUACGCCUCCGAGAAAGGAGUGAGGUAAAGAGAGGCAGGAGGGAAAGAGAGCGCAGAGAGGAGGAGGAGGGGGUGAUGUGCAUCAGUCCACUGGCGCUCAAAUGGGUAACUGCGAGCACGGCGGACUGAAGUGGAGCCGCGGGUCCAACUACGAGCCAAGUGAGACAGCCUCCCCCUUUCCGAAGCGUCACCCAUAGGACCUGGCGCGGCUCUGACCGCUGCGGAGAAACUUGCGUCUGCUCCCCAAGUGCAAGCGCUCAGUAUGCGGACCGACCCCUGCAGCUGCGCAGACUGACUGAGACCAGUUUAAAAAAAAACAAAACGCUCCUAAUCCAUUUUUUUCCUCUCCUUCCCCCGGAGGAUUACUCCUUUAUUCAGUGAUAAUGGGUUCUGUGAUGUUGGACUGGAGGUUAUCUUGUCUUCUUCUGCAGGCAGCUGCUCUGCUGCUGCUCAGCAAGGGGGAGAGGAUGUGCCCCGCGAGUUGUCGCUGUGAAGGAAAGAUUGUUUAUUGCGAGUCCGGCAUCUUCCAAGACAUUCCAAUAAACAUCACGACGGGGUGCCAGGGCUUGUCUCUGCGCUAUAACAACCUGCUGGUUCUGCUGCCAUACCAGUUCGCCCAGCUCAAUCAGCUCAUCUGGCUCUACUUGGACCACAACUCCAUCCACAGCAUCGAUGCCUUAGCCUUCCACGGCGUGCGCAGGCUGAAGGAGCUGAUCCUGAGCUCCAACAAGCUGAGCUUUCUGCACAACAACACGUUCAGUGCCAUACCAAACCUGAGAAAUCUGGACCUUUCCUAUAAUCAGCUGCAGUCUCUGCAGCCAGGCUAUUUCUACGGGCUGCGCAAGCUGCAGAAUCUGCACCUCAGAUCUAACGGGCUGAAGCAGAUCCUCAUUCGCACGUUUCUGGAAUGCCGCAGCUUGGAGUUUUUGGACUUGGGUUACAACCGCUUGCGCAGCCUCACUCGCACCACAUUUUUGGGGCUCUUCAAGCUGAGAGAGCUACAUUUGGAACACAAUCAAUUCUCCCGGAUUAAUUUCUACAUUUUCCCACGCCUUACCAACCUCCAGGCGCUCUACCUGGCGUGGAACCGGAUCCGGUCGAUAAGCCAAGGGGUCCCUUGGACCUGGCCGAAACUGCAAAAGCUGGAUCUUUCCGGGAACGAAAUCCAAACGCUGGAGCCGGACGUCUUCCGCUGCAUGCCGAGCUUGCAGACGCUUAACCUGGAAACUAACAAGCUGAGCAGCGUUCCCGUGGAGGUGGUGGAGGCGUGGACCGCCCUGACCACAAUCAGCCUGGCGGGCAAUGCCUGGGACUGCAGCCCCAGCAUCUGCCCCCUCAUGGGGUGGCUCCGGACUUUCAGGGACCCCAAAGACAUCAACAUGAUUUGCAGCGGCCCCAAGGCCACGCAGGGCGAAAGGGUGGUGGACGUGGUCAGGAACCACUCGAUAUGCGCAGACGCUGCAAACAUAUUCUCGACCACAACUGUGGUCAUUCUAACCUCCACCCAAGCCGUGAGCGUCACGGUUUGGCCGGCGGCCACCGGAGUCCCAGCCCUGACUCGUCCAUCACCGCCGCCACAGAAACCUACCCCAUCUCCUCUGAGUCCUGCCGGGACACACAUAAAGAUGGCGGAUCCCAGCACCCUCAGCUCUAUGCCCCCUUUCUCGCCACAGACCUCCACGCCAUUUAUCCCAGAGCUGCAGUUUGAACAUAUGGCUUUCCAUAAAAUCAUUGCAGGCAGCGUAGCCCUGUUCCUGUCAGUGGCAUUGAUCCUGCUGGUUAUUUACGUCUCGUGGAGGCGCUACCCCAACACCAUGAGGCAGCUGCAGGAGCACUCAGUCAACCAUAAGCGCAGGAAAAAGGCCCGCAAGCAGGAACAGGACCUGAACUCUCAGCUGCAGGAGUACUACCUGACUUACCACUCCAACUCGGAGGCGCUGGACUCGUUGGUGAAUGAAAACAGGCCGUGCACGUGCACCAUUUCAGGAUCCAUAGAGUGCGAGGUGUGAGUGCUCCGCCUUUAGGAGACACGCGGUCUCGUUUCCGAGCGGAGAUAAAUGGAUUUUUAUUUUUUCUCUGUUGGAAGAUAAGGAGGCUUUAUCUCUGAUGCAAGCAGAUAGUCUGCAGCGCUGAAGGAAAUACUUGGGGCUUUUGGCACCACGAUGUGCGCAGAAAGGAUGAAUUGAAUGGGAAGAUGUAUUUGGAGCUAAUUAUCGCCCCGACUGACAUGGAAAGAGUGGUGGGAUUAGCCGUGUACGGCCCAAACUCACGACGGGACAUCUGCUGCGGUACAAAUGGGCGCUGCGGAGAGACUGACCUUGUUCUCAGUCGGAGCAUACUCUCGUGAACCUACAAAGCCACUGUUUUUACUUACUCAUUCGGUUCCAAUCAUGUAGCUCAUAAAGCAUUUAGGACAUGUGCGCUCUGUGAGUCUGUACGUGUGCGAGUGCGUCCUGUUGCCAUCUGGUCAGACGAGUAACAGCUCUGCACCUUCUUCUCACAGAUAGCAUUAGUCCGGUUGAGUUAUUCCACAGUUGGCAGACGGGCUCAGCCGUAGCAGCCGUACCCAGUGUGUGUAUGGGGUGUGUGUGUGUGUGCGUGUGCGCGUGUGUAUGUUGGGGGGUGGGGGGUAAUCACAAAGAGAGCAUCAUUUGCAUGAAGCCACUCUCCUUAUUAAAGAUGCUUCUCUUCCAUGGGAGAUGAUCUGUCUGAACGGAUAAAAGAAAAUGUGUACGUUUUCCGUUUGUAUCGUCACAAUCGACCCAAAUGAGGGAUAUUUAAAGCUCGUGAGACUAACCUCAGGACUGAGAUGUACAAAUGUGUCAGGUCCAGUUAAGGCCUUGGAUGACUGUGUGUGUGUGUGUGUGUGUGUGUGAGUGAGUUAGUGAGUGUGCGAGAGAGGAGUAACAGCGUUAAUUUUCAUAUCAAGUUUUGUAUUUAUUAUUGCUGUCAUUCAUAUUUAUGCAUUGUUUGUGUAAAGAUAUAUAUUAAUAUGUGUGUUCUUGACUGUACAAAUUAAAACAAACACUGACGGUCGAUGGGAGAAAAACAAACAAAGGAAAAAGAAAUCACAAAGACAGAAAAACAAAGUCUGUAUUUUACCCAUUCAUGACAGGAGCAGUGGCAGAAGUGUACACACUCUGGUUGAAACGUCGUCUCAUGAGGUGAAGCCUUUAAUUUGAUGCAUAUCAGUUUGGCUGAAGAAAGAGAGGAAAAAUAUAACAAGGAGAAAAGUGCAAUAGCCCGGUUGCAUAAGUUUGCACACCAUCCACCUAGUGCGCACCUUUUGGUUUCAUCUCGGCAUGAAGAUGCACGUCAACUUUAUGUUGUUAUGAAUCAGAUUAAAUCGAGAUGAUGUUCAUCUGUCCCGGUAGGAUUUUGCUGAUGUUUGCUCGUUGGCCUCUGUUAGCUCAAGCUCUCAUUUCCAGAGAGAGGUCACAGAGGAUCAAAUGGAUCUCUGAAGGUGCCAAAAAUUACACCGCAAUGUCUGUAUGCCAUGGUUCACUGAAUAAACUCAUCAACAACUGAGGAGAUUAAUUGCAAAAUAAGCGACACAUUUAAUAAAACAACAGCAGGGGGAGGGGGGAGAUGGGGGGCUGCCAAGAGGAUUACAGCAACACUUGGAAGAGUUAUAGGACUUCCUGUUGCGUUCUGGUUGUACUGCAGUAGAGCCUUACCCCCCACUUACAAAAACUAAUUGUUUUGUUGUCUAGAAGCCUCUUAUAGCUUUCAAAUUUAAUUGUAAUUUGUAAAAAUAACAAAUAAAUAAAUAAUAAGAUCUUAGGUCUCUGAUAAAUGUCUCUGCCCUGGUCAUAUGCCAUUUCCCUCCCGUUCUGUUCUCUCUCCACAUGUAAACACAGUCUCCUCCAUUUCUCUGUCAACUUUGUGGCUGAAAAUCACUUAUGAACAUUUUCCUGGAAAAAUAAAACAAAAAAACAUGCGGAAUGACAAGAACUCAAUAAAACAGCAGAAAUGUUCACUAGAAUGAAAAUGAGGUUAAAUAUUUAAGGUCAUCUAUAUCCAGUGAGAUCUAAUUUAAGUUAUGUGGAAAGGAGAAAUGGCCGGUGUGACAUUUUGACAGAGGUCACAUGUAUUGAAAUAGCAGACAGCAUGGUUUCUUGCGUGAUGACAAGCUGAAGUUUCAUUUUCUAAGAUGUGUGGUACAACAAUACCACGGCAGAACAAAACCUUAUGUUCAAAUUCUUCAACUUACAUGUAAGAAAUAAAACUUUUAAUAUAACCUUGUUGUCGGGACUGAAAUAUUCAAUACAUUUUUUUCUAGUAGCCAAACAGUUUAUUGAGGUUUUAUACUUGCUAGAACCAGAAUCAGGAAGACAUCGACACUGUUUGGUUAAGCCUGUGUUUACUUACACUUUAUAUAUAUACUUUGUCAUAUCGCUAUGACAUCAUUCACCAACUGUACACAACACCGCAGCAGAUGACUAAACUGCAAACAAAGCAAUAAAAGCAAAAGUAAGUUAAAACGUUCCAGUCAAAACUAACAUUUCUAUUUGUGCGAUUAAGUAUGGCUGAUAGACAGAAGAAAAUAUGUUGGCCCGGUUAAAAUCUCUGGUAAAACAACUAAUGGUGGGGUGAACCCAAACUUGAACCUUUCACUGUGCAUCACCAAAAAAAACAUACCCUCCCCACAAUGAAGCAUGAUGGUGGCAGCAUCAUGCUGUGGUGUUACUUUUCUUCUUAUGAAAUUGUGGGUUUUUUUUGUCAAUACUGAUUAAGAAGUUCUGGAGGUUUUGGGUCCAUUUUGACUCAAAAUCAGCUAAAGGUGAAGAGAGCUCUCACGUUUGCCCAUCAAAACGAGCCCAAACACGCGUACGAAACAAUGGCUCCACCAGAAAGAAGAAGACUAAUGAGUCAGGAUGGCAGAGGCAGAGCGCCGGACUAAAUAUAACAGAGCAUCUGGGCAAAUAUUAGCGGCAGAAGAUGUAGGGUGCUGAGAGAGCAGUCUGCAAGCUGAAAUGAAAUAAAAAGGUGCUUCAACAAAGCGUUAGUUUAAGGAUGUUCACUCUUAUGUAACCAGGUUCUUCCUGCUUUUUAAAUUUUUCAUGUACCAAACCCUCGCCCUGACAGAUUGCUUCGUUUUUAUGAUUAAGUGUACAAAGCUAAUG